UGUGCCAGGCCAGGCCAGGCGAGGCUUUUUGUGUAUGGCCAGCGGGACAUACACAUUAACUUGGAGUGCGCGUUACCGUUACGACACGUCGAGCGGAGCAGCAUAAUAACGGCACUUUGCGGUCGAAUAUACGUCGGUCCACACACACGUUCGACACACACACACACACACACAGGAAGCCGCCUGACCAACUGACAAAAAGGGGAAGGGGGACAAAACAAAACAAAAUAAAUAUAAAAAAAAGUAAAUAGUAAAAAUACAAACAAAAACAAAACUUGGACAAAUGCGCUUGUUGCUUGCCAACUGGCAGUAGGCGUGGCAGCGCCUCUUUUGCGCACACGUGUGUGUGUCUGUUGCAUAAAUUGUUGUGCGGAAAUUAUUGAAAUUUUACUUUUUGGCGAAACUCGCGGCGAGAAAGUGGCCCGCCGACAAUGCCAAAGGGACGCGUUGCGGCCACCGUCGGUGUUCUGUGCCACGCCUCCUUCUGACUGACAAAUUUCCUUGCAUAUCCGCUGCAACAACAACAACAACAACAACAGCAACAACAACUUGCCACAAAACUAAACAAACACAAUUUGCGUUUCGCGUCGCCGCAAGCCCAGCCCGCCCCCUCACCUUGCGGCCAGCGCCAAGCCAAGCUUGUUCUCCGUCGCCAUUUUGGACAAUAAUUUCACUUCCGGUUUGCACAAAUACAACGGUAAAUGGUAUUCAAAAAAAAAACAUUGCACAAAAUGCCGACAAGUGACGCGUGAAGUUUUAUCGUAUUUCAAGAAUAUUAGUUAGUCAAAGUGCAUUAAUUAAUUAAUUAACUGAAUUAAUUGGAGCCUGAGAUUUUUGGAUAAAGCACAAAAACAGAAACCAGCAUAAUCCUGAGAGUCAAGUGGAAUCCAUUGCUUAACCAACACGUAGCCGUUGACGGUUCGGAGGGACGCGCCAUGUACGAGAACUCGUGUUCGUAUCAAACGGCGCUGGACUUGAAGCGCGUGUCGCCGCCGACGCUGGCCCAGGUGAAAACGGAGGACUGUUUGACGUUGGGCCAAUGCUCGCCGGACUGGACCUCGUAUCGGUUCCAUCAGUCGACCUUCGAGCAGCUGAAGCAGAGCGUCGAGAAGGCCAAGGCGGCGCUGCAGGAUCGCAGCAGUUUCUUUGGUGCCAGCAGCGCCUUCAGCGACAUCUACUCCAGCCAGCGGCUGACCGAUACGCUGGACACACUGCCCGCCAUGCAGAAUGGAACUGGCGCCGGCAAUUGUCUCGGCCUCACGCACAACGCAGGCGCCGGCGUCGGCGUCGGUGUGGGCGUGGGCGUCGGAGUGGGCGUGGGCGUGCUCAACUAUAACACGGUGAGCAGCAGCAGCGCCGGCGUCCUGGGCAGCAGCAGCGUGCAGCGGCAUCGCCUGGACACACUGCAGCCUCCAUCGGGCUGCUCGCCCGCCGGCACACAGCACGGCGUCAUCACGUCCAGCGCGGGACAUGUGCCGGCUGCCACCUUGGAUGCGGUCAGCUCGCCCUCGGUGCUGCCGUCGCUAUCAGCGUCCACCACCUCGCAUGUGGAGCACAAAGUUCGAACAGAGAAAUCGACGCUGGAUUGCGCCACAACGUCCUCGCAUGCCGCCGUCGCCUCGUCCUCCACGGCAGCCGCAUCGGCGUCCAGCAGCGAGCUGGGCAGGCACAGCGUCGGCAAAAGCAACGCCAGCAGCAGCAACGGCCACAACAAUGCCAGCAAUUCACUCUAUUCCUCGUACAAAUCGUCGUGGGGCUCGCAUAGCUCCACACAAUCGCAAGGCUACAGCUCGAAUGCGUUGAGUAUUAAACAUGAUCCGCACACACAACUACGGCAACCUGAUCCAUAUCAAAUGUUCGGACCCACCAGCAGCAGGCUGGCCAGCUCAGGCUCGGGACAGAUACAAUUAUGGCAGUUCCUGCUCGAGCUGCUGUCGGACUCCAACAAUGCCAGCUGCAUUACCUGGGAGGGCACCAACGGCGAGUUCAAGCUAACCGAUCCCGAUGAGGUCGCCCGACGCUGGGGCGAGCGCAAAUCCAAGCCCAACAUGAACUACGACAAGCUGAGUCGCGCCUUAAGAUAUUAUUAUGACAAGAACAUCAUGACCAAGGUGCAUGGCAAGCGCUAUGCGUACAAAUUUGAUUUCCAGGGUUUGGCGGCGGCCACACAGCCGGCGGCCAGCGAUCCCACCUACAAGUAUCAGAGCGAUCUGUUCAUGACGCCAUAUCAUCACAGCGCCAAGCUCAGCUCGUUUAUGAGUCCGCAUCAUGGCAUGACCUCGUCCUCAGCCUCCAUAUUUCCGACGGCCGCCUCGUGGGGCAACUGGGGCAGUCCGGCGACAAAUCUGUAUCAGCCGCACUCGAUGAGCCAUGUGACGCCCUCGCAUGUGGCGCCGCAUCUCAGCUCCUAUCCGCACUACGCAUGACCAUCAUAAUAUGAGAGCAAUGCCGGCGCUGGCGGCGCCAGCAGCGCGGUUAGCGUUGGCGUCGCCGGCGGCGCUGGCAUUAUGAGCGGCUUUGGCAGCGGCGGCGGCACCACCAGCACCACCAGCAGCGGCGGCAGCAACAACACCACCAGCAGCAGCAGCAACAACAACAACACCACCGCCAACAACAACAACAACAACAGCAGCGGCGGCGGCGGCGGCAAUCUGAAUGCCGGACAGUCGCAUCUGGAGUCCAGUCUGGGCCAGAAUCUGAAUGCGGCGCCGGCACAUGCCAGCGCUGGCUUUGGUCUCGGCGUUCACGGCAUGAGCAUGGGCGUCGGCGUCGGCGUGGGCGUCGGUGUGGGCGUGGGCGGCAGCAAUUCGACGCUCAAUUCGCUGGUCGUGGGCAAUCGGCUGAUGAACAGCAGCCUGCCGACGCUGCUCAAAUGAUGCCACCUGGAGAAGUUCGGUCUGAGUCUGGGCGCCGGUCCGCCACCGCCAGCGGCCACGCCCGCCGACGCAGCGCCGGACGGCAGCAGCAGCGGCGGCGGUCACGCAUAUCCCGGCAGCUAUGGCGCCGGCAGCGAGCGCACACUGUACGACUAUCUGGACAUGAAGGGCGAGCAGGCGACGUUUUUAUUGUAAGUGCAACCAAAACCACCAGAAAAAAAAAGUAACAAGAAAACCAAUAGAAAAAAAAGAAAAACCAAAACCAGAAAACAGCGGAUUUUACUCAUAGCCAAUAGCUCAAGAACCAGUCAAAAGCUGCUGAUCGAGAAUAUAUAUCUAUAUAUAGACGAAUGUUUAUCCUGACUGAUCAACAGAUGUUUACUGUAGUUACCUUUUGUGAUUCCACCCGCAAGUGUGGAAAAAUAGUGGAAAAAGUUGCGUGAAACUUUUUUGUUUGCCAAUCGAUCAAUCUCAAACUAAGUUACAAAAGUUCUUUGUUCAAAUUCAUUUGAGUAGCUUUUGCACACUUUUCGCCAAAUCCACCUUCCUUGGUGGAAAUGGGCAUCAAAAAUGUUGUGCUAGAAGUUUUUCGGCUCAAACUCAUUUCCCAGACUUCUUAUGAAGCUAUUCAAGAGCAAAAUGAAACUUAACUCGAUAAACUCCCAUAAAUAUCAAUAAAGUUAGAAAUUAAGACGUCGAAUUGCAGGUAAAACGGGUGGAUUUAAACUUAGACCGAAGAAAGCCGAACAAUGACAGUUCGUAUAUUUAUAUAUGUAUAUAAAUAAGUAUACAUUUUAUACGUUUAAUCAUUGAUGCUUUUAUUCGGCAUUCUGCUUAUUAAGUAACCCAUUUCGACUAUGGUGGCAAUGUUGUUGUUUUGUUAUACGGAACACUCCAUCUGUCGCUGCAAGUGCCGUAGAGAUUGCACUUGCGGCUGCAGCACUUGUUGUCAUAAAUGCAAGCCUUGCCAUUCGGCGUGCACCCAUCGAUAUUUCCGCACACUAGAGCGAGGCCCAUGGAGACACUCAGCACCAAAAAUAUCCACCUCAUCUUGUCGGCUCAGCCUUCGGUUUGGAAA